AUGGGGGGCCCCUCUAGCUGCUCCCGUGCCCUUGAUGAUGGAAGGGAGGAGGGGGGCCCCCUUGGGGGCCCCCCUCUGGGGGCCCCUCUGGGGGCCCCUCUGGGGGCCCCUCUGGGGGCCCCCCUGGGGGCCCCCCUGGAGGCCCUCAUAGAGGCCCCUCUGAGGGGCCCCCAGGGGGGCCCCCUGGGGGCCCCAUCGCCUAUAAAGAGAGACAUUGAGGCCCCUUGCGGGUCUCCAAAGUGCAGCAGAGAUGUUCAAGAUGAUACCUCUGUCUUGCCUGUGCCAGAAGCAGCAGCAGCAGCAGCAGCAGCAGCAGCAGCAGCAGCAGCAGCAGGAGCAGCAGCAAGUCCCGCUGCUGCUGCGGCUGCAGGCGGUGCGGCAGAAGCAAUGACGGCAGCAGCAGCAGCAGCAGCAGCGCAAGUAUCAGAUACGCCCUUCGGAGAUCCCGAGCAGCAGAAGCCGCCUGCUGCUGCAGCUGCUGCUGCUGCUGCUGCUGCAGGGGGCCCCCAAACGUUUGCUGCUGCUGACGAAGGGGCAGCAGAAAAGGCCGGCAAAGAGGGGCCCUCACGUCACAAACGGAGCAGCGCCACCUCUGACUGCAGCAGCAGCAGCAGCAGCAGUGGGACCAGCAGCAGCAACAGCAGCAGCAGCAGCAGCAGCAGCAGUGGCAGCAGCAGCAGCAGCGGCAGCAGCAGCAGGAGGCACAGGGGGGACACAGCAGCAACAGCAGGCCGCCCGUGGUGUCGGUACACCUGGACCUUCGCGCAGCACUUCAAAGACCCGCAGCUGCUGCUGCUGCACUCUGCUGCUGUUGCUGCUGCUAAGAGGAGGUGGCAGCAGCAGCAGCAGCAGCAGGACCCGGAGGAGCAGCAGGAGCAGCAGCAGCAGCAGCAGCAGCAGCAGAUAAGAGUGCCCCUGCGGGUCGUUCGGGACACUGCGGUGUACGUACACCCCAGCGCUGAGGGGCCCCCUGUGGGGCCCCACACCCCUAAUGUCUUUUAUGCUUUAGAUUACCCAGGGGGGCCCCCCGGGGGGCCCCCCGGGGGCCCCCAGGGGCCCCCAAAGGGGCCCCGGGGGCCCCCCGAAGCAGAAGAAGGGGUAGCAGCACUGCAGCAGCCCGUGCUGCUGCUGCAUUCUGCUGCUCUUGGCUUCACGGAGGAGACAUCUGAGCUCUGUGAGCAGCAGCAAAGGAAUAGCAGCAGCAGCAGCAACAGCAGCAGCAGCAGCAGCAGCGUAAACAAUUUUAAAUAG